CAGCAUAACUUUAGCUCUCAACCAAAAACAGGAAGCUUCUCAGUGUCCUAGCAAACAACAGAGUGAGGCGGAAGAGCCCUUUGGAUUGGUGUGUGUCGAGGAGCCCGCCUCGCUGUACAAGCACUGAACCAGCUAACCGAGUGGUUAAUGGUGCUAGCCUAACAGCUAAACUUGUUGUUGGGCAGCCGGUUUCUUCUAGUUAGCAUCGAUGAGGAAACCAAACCCCGCUCUAAAUGCGCUGAACAAAACUGACCAGCUUGUCCGGAGUUAGCUAGUUGGCCGCUUGUUUACGAAAGAAUAUAACAGAAUGACAGAGGAUGCCAUCCUCCUGAAUGUACCUGUCAUUCGGCAGCUUUACCACUGGGACUGUGGGUUAGCCUGUUCCAGGAUGGUCCUGAAGUACCUUCACCCAGUCCGUGAUGAGGAGUUUCAGAGGGCAUGCUGGGAGCUGAAGCUGACAGAGAGUGUGUGGACUAUUGAGCUGGCCUACCUGAUGUGCCAUCUAGGAAUCAAACACUGCUUUUGCACACAGACUCUGGGCGUUGAUAAGGGUUUUAGGAAUCAGUCCUUUUAUAAGAAGCAUUUUGAUACGGAAGAAGACAGAGUGAAUGAGCUCUUCCUUAAAUCAGAGAGCAAAGGUGUGGUGGUGAGGAAAUGCUCUGUAACUGUUCAGGAAAUCCAGUCUCAUCUGGAGCAGGGCCACGUUGCCAUAGUGCUGGUCAACGCUGUCGUCUUGACAUGUGAACUAUGCUCCUUACCUGUCAAAUACUGUUGCUUCCUGCCCGUGGGUCAGAAGUGUUUCUGCAGGAAGCCAGACUACCAGGGUCACUUUGUGGUGGUGUGCGGCUUCAACAGGACUACAGGCUGUAUUUUCUACAACAACCCUGCCUAUUCUGACAGGGUGUGCUGCACCAGCGUCAGUAACUUUGAGGAGGCUCGGCGGAGCUAUGGGACAGAUGAGGAUAUCCUGUUCAUCUUUAAGGAGAGUUGAUGGACAGUGAUGGUGGAAUUGGAUUUCACUUUUCCUCAGCUCAUCAUUAUAUGGACAUCAUGCUGCUGCAGGUCUAGAGGUCUUUGACUCGUGUCAGCUGUCGCAGAUCCCCUGGGCUAUUCUCUCUGGUGCUAACUAGCCCGUUUGCUCACAUGAAAAACAAUUGCUGCAGAAUCACCGCUCUUAUUACCCCUCACACUGUCAAUACUUUUUGACCUGUGAUAGAUUAACAGCUGGAA